UUUCUUAAAUAUGAGCCUUUUAUAGCAGAACGAGAGGCGAGGCUAAAACGUCCAGACAGGCCCUCCAAGUGUAUACCAAGUGUUUUCAGCUGGUGGGACAAUCGGAUAAGCCAGUGGGGCUAGGAAUUUGGCAUCAGAGUGUUAAUCGGUUGAGGACAGCUAAAGAACGCAGAAAUGGCACCAUCACUGUCACAGGCCUACAGGAGGCGCUGGUGGAUGGCCUGCACGGCGGUCAUUGAAAACCUGCUCUUCUCUGCCGUCCUUCUGGGCUGGGGGUCUCUGCUGAUUAUGCUGAAGAACGAAGGCUUCUAUUCUCAUCUGUGUGAGCCAGACAAUUCCACAAACGUCUCCAGUGUCGAGGAAUCAAAUGGGGGCUGGCCAAGUUGUGUAGGGCAGGAGGAGAUGCUGAACCUGGGGUUCACUAUCGGUUCAUUCUUGCUAAGUGCUGCGACAUUGCCUCUUGGAAUCCUUAUGGACAAAUACGGACCCCGACCACUGCGUCUUAUUGGCAGCUCCUGCUUUGCUGUUUCCUGUUCCAUGAUUGCUGUAUCCGACUUUGAUCCUAAAGUGCUGUCUCCCCUCAUCUUCCUGGCAUUGUCCCUGAAUGGCUUCGGCGGCAUCUGUCUCACUUUCACCUCGCUCACACUACCCAACAUGUUUGGUAACCUGAGUUCCACCUUGAUGUCACUCAUGAUCGGCUCCUACGCAUCUUCAGCAGUCACCUUCCCUGGGAUCAAGCUAAUAUAUGAUGCAGGCGUGUCCUUCAUCGUCAUCAUGUUUGUCUGGUCAGCACUGGCAUGCCUGGUCUUCCUCAACUGCUUCUUAAAUUGGCCCGUGGAGGCCUUUCCUGCUCCAGAAGAAGUCAACUACACGAAGAAAGUUAAACUCAGCGGCCUGGCACUAGACCACAAAGUGACCGGAGACCGUUUCUACACCCACGUGACUACAGUGGGACAGCGGCUGAGUCAAAAAGCUCCCGGUGAAAAUCAGGAAUUUCUCUCUUCUCGGGAGAACAUUAGCAAAGCCACAUCGGCACCAGCAGAGAGUUCUGUGCCCUUCCGUAAGAGUGUCUGCUCACCCAUCUUUCUUUGGAGUCUUAUCACCAUGGGAAUGACUCAACUUAGGAUCAUAUUCUACAUGGGGGCCAUGAAUAAGAUGUUGGAGUUCCAGGUCACUGAUUGGAAUGAACACAGUCCUGAGAAUGUAAGGAUUGACGUCAAAGAGACAGUGUCAUUCUACUCUUCCACCUUUGGAACCCUACAGCUCCUCUGCUUGGUCACCUGCCCUCUGAUUGGCUACAUCAUGGACUGGAAGAUGAAGGAAUGUGUGGAAAAUUUACCUGCCGGAGGCGAUCAGGUGGAAGUCAAAGAGGAGUCAAGCAGUCCUAAGCCUCGUCGAUAUCGUAAGAUUCAGAAGUUGACUAAUGCCAUGCGGGCAUUUACCUUCACCAACUUGCUGUUGGUGGGCUUUGGCAUUGCCUGUCUGAUUAACAACUUACAUGUGCAGAUCAUUUCCUUCAUCCUUCACACCAUGGUGCGAGGAUUCAUCCAUUCAUGCUGUGGAGGACUCUAUGCAGCUGUCUACCCAUCUAACCAUUUUGGCACCCUUACUGGGCUCCAGUCUCUGAUCAGUGCGGUGUUUGCCCUGUUGCAGCAGCUGUUAUUCAUGGCAAUGGUUGGACCCCUGCUUGGUAACCCCUUUUGGGUGAAUCUGGGACUGCUGAUAUUCUCUUUUACGGGCUUCCUGUUGCCAAUGUAUUUGUUCUACCAUCGCAGAAAUCUGGUGAAAGAGCUGAAAGAGAAAGAGAAAGAAGCAGCAGUUCAGUCUGAAGACGCCAGCCUGAAGCAACACAGCAAUGGUCAGCUGGCCACCAGUGAGGCUUAGUCAGGGCUGGCGGGACAAGCUGAGGUGGUGCUGGGACACUGGGCUGAAACAGGGCCAGCAGCUGGUAAGGUCACUCUGUCUUUGUUGGCUAACUGCCCGUAACUCUCCAAAGAUUUUGUCAUCCCCGCUUCAUUACGCCUGCCGCCAGUCCAGAGUUUUGUUUCAACCUCUAAAAAGAAGCCGAAUGGAGGGACGAAGGCUCACUUGCACCUGUAACUGCGACAGCUUGAAAGCAACAGAGUUUAAAGUUACCAGCUACAGCCAGUUGGAGCAAAAUUACGGACAGGAGAUGCAAUGGAGAAAACCUUUAGCAGCUACUUUAUUAAGUGUGUGCGUGUGUGUGUGUUUUACCUUGAGCAAAAAAAAAAAACAAAAACACAAAAAAGAUCUGAGAACAUUUAUGGAAAAAAGAACACAAACCUGUCAGGAUCUUCUCUAAACCAAAGACAGACCCCCCCCACCCGCCGAAGACCACAUAGCCAAGAGCCGAUAGGUGGAGUCGGUCAAACUGGAGACAUGUCAGGUGGAAGGAAAAAACUGGCUCGCCAUUCCUACAGCCAGUCAUUCCAAAGGGCCAUCAUGUCACGCCAGUUUGUCACUAUGUGUCCCGUGUACGGCAGGCACUUCUGUGUAUAUUUUCAGCUUGCCACAUGUGCCAAAGGAUUUUUCUCUUUCCUUAUUCAGUUUUGGAUGCUUGCUUAAAUGUUAAUAGGAAAUGUAUAUAUAUGGGAUCUGUGUCUAUAUGUAUAUAUUAAAUAUACAUAUAAUGUAUAUAGGAGUCAGGAAGGGCUGGCAUAAGAUGAGGGGUCAACAGCCUAAGUAUUUUAUUUGUAAUUUUUGUUUUAUUUAUUAUGUGUGGAAGAAACCUUUACUUAUUUAUCCAAGUAGUAUAUAUAUUGUAUAUAUACAUAUAGUGUAUGUACUACAUACUGUGUAAGUACUAUAUGUACUUAUAUAUAUAUAUAUAUGUAUAUCUAUAUAUAUAUUUAUAUAUAAUUACACUUUAUAUAGGUUAUAUAGAUAAGAUUAGCAAUUUCAAGAACCAAUGACCUGAUAAAUAUGGGAUUAUACAAGAAGUUGUGUAACAAAUUCAACCCAAAGAUCUACUGCAAUUGUCCUGAGGGAGGAAUUACAAUUGAAUCUGUAACUGUAAUCUGAGCCUUGUCAAGUCUAAAAAGCAGGGGCUUAAUUAAUUUAGCUAACACACACACUCACUCACUCGUGCACACAAUACAUACAACUUAUAGCACACUUCACAACAUGACGACAGUGAGAUGUAGGAUAGCUCAACACGCAUUACUUGAUACAAACACAAGCAAACACAUCGCAGAUAUGACUAGAUAGAUAGAUAGAUAGAUAGAUAGAUAGAUAGAUAGAUAGAUAGAUAGAUAGAUAGAUAGAUAGAUAGAUACUUUAUUAAUCCCAAUGGGAAAUUCACUAGGGCCUUACUGGGAUACAGGAGGAACAUUUAAAAGUCAAGUGCCUCUAAAGUUUGUACACAAUACCCUGCCCUCACCCCAAAUAAGGUAUACAGUACUGCACAGUCAAAUUUUUGUGUGUAUUCUUAGGUGAACACAUAUACAGUACAUUGAUGCACAUGGCUUUUACUAAUACUCAGGUACAUUUUCAAUACUUUGAUUCUAUAUAAUUUAGGAAGAAAGAUACUAAAAUACACUGGACAGACAAGCAGACAGGCAGACAGGCAGAUAGAUAGAUAGAUAGAUAGAUAGAUAGAUAGAUAGAUAGAUAGAUAGAUAGAUAGAUAGAUAGAUAGAUAGAUAGAUGUGAAAGGCGCUAUAUGAUAGAUAGAUAGAUGUGAAAGGUGCUAUAUGAUAGAUAGAUAGAUAGAUAUGAAAGGUGCUAUAUGAUAGAUAGAUGGAUAGAUAGAUAGAUACAUAGAUAGAGCUUUAUGUCCUCCCAAAGGGAAAUUAAGAAGCUCAAGAGAGAAAUUAUUAAGCCAGGGUGUUGAAUCUGUAAGGCAGCAGUGCCAAUCCCUGUGCCAUCUUGUCAUCCACUUCCAUUUUACACACUGUGCACACUAAAACUACACUACAGUUUUCUGUCCCAUUAUGAAAUGCCAAAGAGACAGCUCAGGGUUACAAGUCAUGUUAAGCUGAUCAUUUUGUUUCCAACUACACGGGUGUUAUUUGAAUUCUGAUGAGGUGCUUCUCCCUUCUUCUAUUUGUUACGUAAUGAUGGGUCCGACUGAUUUCAUUUAUUAAAACUCACCAAGGUACACCAAACUAACAAAUGUAGCAGAAGCAAACAUCGUCUGGCAUUUCACAGGCUUUUGUUUUUAUUUUCUAGUAAUUCUGUUGCAAACUAUUUUCUUAAAUAACUUUUUCAAUUAUUUAUACAGAGUGAACAUUAAAUGUUGCUACAUUAUAAAGAUUCAGAAAUGGAUAUUAGGUAAGAAUUAGUUGAUUCAAAGCACUUGAUUUCUAGUUAGAAGCCAGACCGCUUGCUAAGUCGCACAAGACGAUGAUUUAUUAGCCGUCACAUGUCAUAUUGAAACUGAACUGCUUGAAUAAAAAGUUGAAGGUUUUGCAUUAAUGUAAAUCCCUGGAGGAACAGGGAAAUUUUCCAAACGAAGUGGAGUUGGCUUGAUAUUAUAGCUGUACACAAAUUUUGUACUUUUAUCACGGAAAAUGUGAACUUCUAAGUGACUGUCAUUUGUAUAGAAACUGGUUAAAGAACAACUUUUUAAAUUUCCAUUUUGUAUUUAAUUCGAUCCAGAAUUUAAAAACUGCUGGCAGACGCGUCACGGCAUUGGGCGGUGAUCCAACUUUCACUUUGGUGUCAUUUUUACGGGCAGUGAUUCACAGUUUAUACCAAAGUGCAGCCAGCUUGUCGUGUUAAAUUGCAAUUCCAGUUUUUCAAUCAGAGUUGUAGAAUUCCUAUUCUUUCGAUGAAAGACAUUUUUGUUUGCCUUUAUGUUUCCUUUCCAGUCGUGUGGUAAUAUCAUACAAGGCGGCAGUUCAUAUUGCCAGUAUUUGGUGUUACAAAAUAUAGACAAAUUUUGUCUGCCAUUAAUGGCGAAGUUGACAUUACAUUUUAGGUCACAUUAAGAAGAAUGUAAAAACAAACAAACAAAACUAAAACAAUAAAUUGGGAGUAUCAAUGCAAUCCCUGAUAAACGUUAAUGAUUUUGUGUGUCAAAACGGGUGACCCUCCAAUGUAAUAUUUGCAGACUGCCUUGCUGCUCUGUGGAGCAACAAUGAAACAAUAGAAAUCACCCCUCAUGCAUUAUGUAAGCCCCCUGCCCCGCCUCAGCCUUCGGUACUUUGCAUCCUGAGCCACGCAAUGGACAUUCCAUAAAUGGGGAGACCACGGGAGUGCGAGGAACUUUUAUGGGCACUCCUGCCACCAAAGUGGACUGUCUUGGGGUUACAGGGUCAGCACAUCUGGGGAUCAAAGUCACUGGUGCAUUUCUAUUUAAUAACCUUGAACAUUAAAAAGACGAGAGCCGUGCCAUUUUUUGGCUAUCAGUAUAUUAUAUAUGUGUGUGUGUGUGUUGUUCUGAUUAAUCGUUGGGUUUGUUUUUAAUAAGAAGUAUUGUACACAAGGUGCCUUAAACUUCCUGUGCCAAAACAAAAAAAAAAUGACUUGAACAGAACAAUUUACUUGCAAGAAUGUUUUUCACAAUGAGCGCUUAUUUGUAUUUAUUUAGAUAGCACUGUGGUGGGGAUUUAAAGCCAUGAAAUAACCGUGUGGUUAAGUGUCGGUGUGCAGACUGGUAGGCCUCUUUUACUUUGUGUACUUAGUCUAAAGAAAUGUACAGUAGGCUCUGAAAUGUCAUUAAAAUAAAUUAUUA